AUGGUGGGUGGGGUCACCAUACAGUUGCAUCCCCCACGCCCAAAAGCAUCAAAUGUUGCAGAGGUCAUCAAGCCCCAAAAGCUGUCAUCCAAAAAUGUCUACAUUGAAGCCGUGGCAAUUGGCAGAACAUUUGCUUCCAUGAAGGACUAUCAACUGGAUGGAAACAAAGAAAUGGUGGCCCUAGGAGCAAUGAAUAUUGUUGGUUCAAUGACUUCUUGCUAUGUGGCAACAAGUGAUGUAAGAAUGGUUUCCAUAUCCUUUGCCAAGAUCCUCCUACAAUUUACAAGGCCACGGACUGCAAUUCUUGGGAGGCUCCCUAGGACAACCGUUUACAGGAACAUCCAACAAUAUCCAGAGGCAACUAAAAUUCCAGGAUUGUUAAUUGUGAGGGUUGAUUCUGCAAUCUACUUUUCCAAUUCUAUCUAUGUCAAGGAAAGGAUACUGAGAUGGCUGACUGAUGAGGAAGAACAGUUGAAAGAAGCCAACCUACCAAGAGUCCAGUUUUUGAUUGUUGAGAUGUCCCCUGUAACUGACAUAGACACCAGUGGCAUCCAUGCAUUGGAAGAGUUACACAGGAGUCUCCUAAAGAGAGAUGUCAAAGAAAAUACAUCCACGCUAAUUGCCCUAUAUGUUUCGAAAAAUCUACUUUGUAAAAAACUUAACACGCAGAAUCACAUUACGUUCUCUUUGGAAACAAUUCAUGUCUAUUAUAUAUUGUAUGAGCUUAGAGAUUACCUGAUUGAAAGCUCCCAGUUGUUGUGCAUCUGGUUCUGGCAAAUCCUGGGCAAGUGGUGA